UAUUUAUUUUAUAUAAUAAUUUGUGCAAUAAUUUAUAUAAAAAAGAUAUUUUUUUAAAUUUUGUAGCCCUUGUGGCACUCUUGAAUGGAUGGUGCGUGGAACGUAUUUACCCUUUUGAAAAAAUUCGCUGUGGAACUGGUCUAAAAAGGUGGGGAAAUGGCCUGUGGAAGGUGUGGAUAGUCCGUGGAAGUUGUCAGAAAAUUUCUUCCCCUGACGUGUACUUUUUUUGUUUUUCGUGCUCCUUUGGCAAAAUUCAGUAUCAUUUUUGCAAUAUUAAUAUAUUUUUCGAGAGUAUCAGCCUCUUGGCUGCCGAUAUCCUCAAGAUGCGCUCUGCGGCACUAUCCCUGGGCCUGACAUUGGCCACAUUCACUGUGAUUGCCAAUGCGAUCUACCAGAAGAAGCAAUUCUAUCCAUCUGUUGUCUAUAUCACUAAAUCUAACUCCAGUAUGGCUGUUAUUUAUAUCCAGUCGAUGGUAUUUGUGUUGAUGCUGGGAAGGCUCAUGAGGAAGAUCUUCCUUGGGACUCUGCGGGCGGCUGAAUUUGAGCAUCUCAUGGAGAGAUUCUGGUACGCCCUGACUGAAACUUGCUUGGCAUUCACAGUCUUUCGUGAUGAUUUCAAUCCAAAGUUCAUAGCCCUCUUCACGGUGCUCCUGUUCCUCAAAUCCUUCCACUGGCUGGCUGAGGAUCGAGUUGAUUAUAUGGAAAGGAGUCCUGUGAUUGGAUGGCUAUUCCAUAUCCGAGUGGCAGGAUUGGUUUCUGUCCUUGGUAUCCUGGACUACGUGAUGAUUAUGGUCGCCUAUCACUCCACAAUCUCCAAAGGAGCUUCUGUGCAGCUGGUCUUUGGCUUCGAGUACGCCAUUCUCAUCACAAUGGUGGCCAAUACCACCAUCAAGUACAUCCUCCAUGCCACGGAAUUGCGGUCAGAGAGUCCCUGGGAGAGCAAAGCCGUCAUCCUGCUGUACACGGAGCUCUUCAUCGGGCUCAUCCGGGUUGCCCUUUACAUCUUCUUCUUCAUCAUCAUGGUGAGGAUCUACACGCUGCCCCUCUUCGCAUUCAGGCCAAUGUACUACACAAUCAGGAACUUCAAAAAAGCUCUGAAUGACGUGAUACUCUCACGACGAGCUAUACGUAACAUGAAUACCCUCUAUCCGGACGCGACGCCGGAGGAGUUGCAGCUGUCUGACAACAUUUGCAUCAUUUGCCGGGAGGACAUGGUGAGUCAUUCGAAGAAGCUGCCCUGUGGACAUAUCUUCCACACGGCCUGCUUGAGAUCGUGGUUCCAGCGUCAGCAAACAUGCCCCACCUGUCGCCUCAAUAUUCUCCGGACGCCCGUUCAGGCCACUCCGGCGGCACCUCAGGCUGCCAGGAUUGUUCCAAAUGCAGCCAAUCGACCAGCUCAGCCGGGAAAUGGUCCAGUAGCUGCAAAUGCCAAUGCAGCAGCUCCUGGUCAGCCACUUCCAGCCGGAACACCGAUUUUCCCGCCAAAUCUGGCAACAGGGGCGACUGGAGCUGCUCCUGGAGCAGCUGCAGGAACUUCUGCCACUUUCCCACCCUUCUUGCCGCCCAUGGGAACCCCUCCCAUGGCUGGUUUUCCCAUGAUGACUCCCUAUCUCGUGCCACCGCCGCCAAUGCCUCCGGCUCUGGAUACGCUGACGGAUGAGGAACUGAAUGCCCUCGAGGGAACGGAGAGGAGGCACGUUGAAGCAAGAAUCAAGCUUCUGCGAAAUAUUCAAACGAUGUUGGAUGCUUCAGUAGCACUUAUGAAUCAGUACUCUGCCAUUAAUGCACAAUUCCCACUGGGAAAUGACUUGGCCACCUUCCCAAGUACUCCAACUUCUUCUGCUGCAGCCCAACCGGCAGCCCAGGCAGAACCCGAAGGUGCUUCGCCUUCGGGAAGUUCAGGAAGUGGAGACAAGACACCAGUUGAAGCGUCUCCGCCCGAAGGUGGAGGCUUGAGUCAACCGGGACCGUCCAGGAGGGAUGAGAAUGUGGUGAAAUUAGAGGAUAUUGGCAGUGAAGAGCCGAGCAUAGGUGCUGAGGAUCCGGGCACGAGUAAGGUGGGCUUUGCGGAGAUUCAGCAUGUGCCUGAGUCGUCAGAAAGGGCAGAAUUGCGCCAGAGGCGACUGCAGAAAUUCCAGCCAAAUGAAAACAAAGGUGAAGGCAAGUCCGAUUGAUGAUGAUCUUUUCUUACACAAAAAAAAAACAAUUUUCCCCUUCUUUGUUGUUGUCACCCAAGGAAAAAUGAAUUAAAGGCAAAAUAAGAUAGAUUUUCUUUGCAUCAACUAAACAUAAAAAAAUAUACUUUUAAGAUUGAAAA